AUGUCCACACCCUCUCAGUCAGCGAUCUCAGAUGAUGACACUGUGUUGGUGAUCGUUCUGCCGUGGGUCCCUUCUAUGGAUGACGACUUCUGGUGGAGAGAGUCGUUCGAGCUCUAUGGAUUAUUGUCUUUGUUAGAUAUGCGCUCGCUCGAUAUGGGGUUGCUGUUGAGGAGCUGUCAGUAG